AGCAAUCUUACAUGAAACUCGCGCAAAUCAUUAUUAUGUUAAAUUCACUUCUUCGCCGUUUGAUUCAUCUGUUGACCAUAUUGAUGCCCAGCAUGCCAAUUUUCACAAAGAGCUAAAUAAACUUGGGAUCAAUAUUAAAAUUAAAGAUGUAUUCAAACGAUAUGCUAACGGAAUUAGCAUCGAGACCGAUGAACACCAUGUAAAACGAAUUGCAGAAAUUGAGCACGUUGAAAGUAUAGAUAUUGUGAAAAUUUAUAAACGAAUAAAUUUAAAUGAAAAAAAAUUUAAUCAACGUGCCUACGAUUAUACGAACUUACCUGAUAACGUCAAUUCUGUUCAUGAAAUGACUGGCGUUAAAAGAGUUCACGAAGAAUUGAAACUUUCUGGAAAAGGCGUUAAAGUCGGAAUCAUUGAUUCAGGUAUUGACUAUACACAUCCCGCACUUGGAGGGUGUUAUGGACCAGGAUGUAGAGUAGCAUUUGGGUAUAACUUUGUUGAUGAUAAUGAUGAUCCAUAUGAUUGUCUUGGACAUGGAACUCAUGUAGCAGCAAUUGUUGGAGGUGAUCUAAGGGUUAACGGUUCUGGAUUUGUGGGGGUAGCACCUGAUGUUAUUUUUGGAGCAUAUAAAAUAUUUCCUUGUAUGAAAGAUGAAGCUACCGAUAUUACGAUAAUGAAAGCUAUUCUGAAGGCUGUUGAUGAUGGAAUGGACGUCAUAAAUAUGUCAUUCACAGGGGUUGAUAGCAAGAAAACCUUUUUGGUAACGUUGAUCAAUGAUUUGAUCAAAUAUAAAAGAACAAUAUUCGUAGCAUCAAUAGGAAAUAAAGGUGGUAGAAACGGUUUAUUUACUAUUGGAAUGCCAGCUAAUUCUCAACAAGUUAUUGGAGUUUGUUCAUUUGAAACAAAUAAAGUUAUAACUUUUAAAGCCUUUGAUCCGAAGAAUCCAAAGUUUGUUAUUAAUUACAUGACACAAGAUGUAUCAGCAUUUCCUUUUCAAAAUGCUAAGAUUAAAUUGCUUCCAAAAAAAUGCAUACAUGAUUACAAAGAUUUUAAAAAUACAAUAAUAAUCAAAGAUAAUAGAGUUGAAAACAAAUGUUCACAAGUUAUUGAUGCUACGAAGCUUCUUGGGGUAAUUGUAAUCAAUAAUAAAUUUAAAGAAGGAACUUUGCCAGCGCCCCCCAUAGCGGUUAUUAAUACAAAAGAAGCCGAUAUGUUGAUUAAAUAUCUCGAAAAAAAUCCUAAUUUGGAAUUAGAUUUUUCCGAUAAGCACGGAUAUAUAAAACCUCAUCCAUUUGCUGAAACUCCUUCUGUAUUUUCGGGUUGGGGUUUAGCUGAGGACUUAGAUAUCAAGCCUGAAAUUUGUGGACCUGGAGGUUUAAUAUUUUCGGCUUUUCCGGUUAAUAAUUCGACUUAUAGAAUACUGUCUGGAACAAAAUUUAGAAAGCAAAAUCAACAACAGUUUUCCGAACAACUAAAAACUGCAUUAAUGAAUUAUGCUAUUCCUCGUGAGGAACGUAAUAAAUUAUUGGCUUCGGUACUUCGUCAAGUUGCAGGUCUCGUCGAUGCUUAUAAUAUGUUGACAGCAACCAGCUUUGCCUAUCCGCCAAAAAUUAAUUUGAAUGACACGAAAAGAGAUGAAAUACAUUUACCAGCUCCGAGUGUCAAUGGAUAUAAUAAAACUUUCAUAAGAAAUUAUUAUCAGUUGGAGUAUUAUACACGACAGUAUGCUAGUGUUAAAUUUGAUAAUGAUCAGAUUACUGUACCACCUGGUUCAAGUGUUGACGUUCUUGGUUGGUUAGAGAUAAUGCCUUUAGAUGAGAACAAGCCUAAAUUGACCGUUCCCUAUGCUGGGUUAGCCGACGAUGCAAGAUCGCUUCCAUUAUUUCAGACACCUAAAUUUCCUGCACUUUACAAUUACGAUUCGAAGAAAUCUAUCCAAAAGAAGGAUCCAAUUAAAACAUUUACCUUUAAACUCCUUAACAUUACAAGUGGAUUACGUGAUUAUCCAUCUAUACAUCUUAAUUUUACAACUCCGACACAAGCGGUUUUUACUGAGAUACUUGAUGUUAAUCAUCAUCUUUUAGGAUCAAUGAAUGAUAAAAAAUAUUUUCCUUUUCAAAAAGACAUAUUAGAAAUACCAAAAAUAAUUUCAUGGGAUGGAUUUAUUCUUUCCGAACCCGUUUCCAACGGGAAAUAUUUUAUUAGGGUUAGAGCAUUGAAAAUGUUUGGUGAUAUUAACAACGAGAAAGAUUAUGAAGUUUGGGAUAGCCCUAAAUUUAGAAUUGAGAGACAUUUAUAA